CCUCUGCUGGCCUUCGAGAUGGGCUCGACUCCCUAGCCUUGAUUUCUUCAAUUGUCCCUCUGCAUAUCAACUUUUCUAUCAAGGAAACCCAGUUCGCAAUGACAUUUGGAGGUGAAUCGGUAGAUGAGGUGAACCAGGUGUUUUUAGAACUGGUUUCUGUGCAGGCUGACUUGCUUGCAAGUUUCAGUUCCUGUGCAGUACAGUAAAGCCACCAGGUUGAUCAGAGGAUUGCAAUGAAACAAGCUCAGGAGCGUAACCAGGAGUGCCUACCUCCUAAGAAGAGGGACCUUCCUGUUAGUAACAGCAGUGGAGCUGGAGGGACAGGGGGAGGUGUCGCUGCAGGAGGAGGGGCUACUGGCAGUGGUGCCAGUGGCGGUGCUGUAGAAGAUGAAGUUGUUUCUAUUCAGAACUCUGCAGCCAACAGUGAUGCUCAGGGAGGGACUCCAUCUGCAGAGUGGCUGCGAGCUCAGCCAGGGCUUCAUUAUGGAGUGGAUAAUUCUGAAAGCUUACCAGCGGUGUCUGUUGACCAGUACAGCAUGCUCUACAAAGUGGCACUUCCAUCGCCUACCAGUCUGCACCCUGUUUUGAGCCAUAUCUCUCCAGCCUACACUGUACACUCACCUCUCCUGCAGCACCCAGGCCUUCCCUAUCCUCCUCUUGGAUAUGCCCAGAUCCCUCAUUCAUCUCUCCAGUUUGUUAGUUCCCCUUAUGCAGCAGUACCUUAUGCUCUCCCCCCUGGCUUUGUCCCAGGGUCAUUAAUCUCUCCCUCAGGCACCAUUCCUCAGCCCCAUGCUGUAUCCCACCUUGUUCCCUAUCCAUCUGUCAUACAGGAAGGUGUCGUUUCCCCACCUCCCCAGGCCCAGGUAGCUUCUCAUACCUUUGCCAAAGUUGCAGUACCCAGCAGUGUCCCACUGAUGCUGCCUUCAGAGCAAGCUGCCCAGCAGCACCUUGGCACUGUUGGGGUCCUGCCUGCAACAGACGUCGGCUCUCGAGGGAUGCCAGUCUUCUAUCAUCCGCAGGGCACCAGGGCUGCCACUGCAACCAGAGACCCCCUCAGUGGCCAGCAGGAGAAUGAACCAGAGAUGAAUGGAGGCGAUAAAGAGCAGGGAGCCAGGGAGAUUGUUGUUGUGGAUCCAGCCUACACUGCUAGAAACUCUCGUCUGCUGCAGGUGGCAUCCAGCUCUGCAGCACAGGAGCACAGCCAAGACAGAGGCCUGCAGAACAGGAGGCAGGAGGGAAGGAGUUCACCAGGCCAGCGCAGCACUCCAGACAGUGACCUGGAGGUGCAACAGGUGGUUGGUCGAUUGGCUUCUUCAAGCCAAAGUGGUGGAGUGAGAAAAGAGGUCUCCUUUGCACCCUUAAACCUCUCUCAGGGUGCUCAGAGAGAGCACAGGCACGGGGAGAACACAGGCCUAGUUUCGAGCCGGACUGCGUACACAGCCCAGCCUUUGGGUUACAGUGACCCCAGAGUGGCAGGUGUCCAGCCCCAAUCAGGGCAGCAAGGCCAUGCCGUCAUGCUGGCCAAUGGGCAACCAGUCCUUAUUCCCCUGGAGUAUCACCUGCCACAUCAGCCCCAACCGACACAGCAACACUAUCCAGGACAGGCUAACGAUGCGUCAGCUAGCCAUGCCUCCACCACCUUGGCCUCCUCUAAUCCAAGCUUUAAAGCCACAGAUUCUACAGCCAGAGUGUGCCUCCCUGAGAGGGCAGAGCAGACCCCAGCUCAGCAGCCACCCCCACAGCAGCAGCCUCCUGUCCAGCCUGCAGCAGAUGUAACUCAGGCCUUAGCUUCAAGCCUCACUCCUGCCCCAGCUCCCUGCAACCCAUCACAUUUCAUGAAGGGGGCAAUUAUCCAACUGGCCACAGGGGAGCUGAAGCGCGUGGAGGACCUGCAGACUCAGGACUUUGUGCGGAGUGCCGAGGUGAGUGGAGGGCUUAAGAUUGACUCCAGCAUGGUUGUGGACAUAAGAGCCAGCCAGCAGAGACCCGGCCUUGUGUCGCUUCACUUUACUGUUGGGGAGCAGCAGAGCAAAGUGACCAUCGACGUGCCCCCAGAGCAUCCCUUCUUCGUGUUUGGCCAGGGCUGGUCAUCCUGCAGCCCUGAACGCACAGCCCAACUCUACGGCCUGGCCUGCCAUCAUCUGCAGGUAGGAGACGUUUGCGUAUCCAUCACCUUGCAGCAGCAGCUUCAGCCACAGCAGCAGAAACAACCACAACACCAUCAUCCACAGCAACAGAACCUGCCCAGGACUUUUAGCAAAACAAAUGCUACAUCAGGACCUGGUCACCAGCUCAUGGGUCCACCUGCUCCUCAGCAGACUCGGCCUACAUCUCAUUUCAGGCUGGACCGAAUCCACCGAGAAAGACAGAGGGAGGGAGACAAAGAUGUGGUUGAUAAGGAUGACGCUGCACCUUUUGGGAUUGUUGGGCAAAUUGAGUCACCCAUCAGACCCAGUAGGACCUCAGCAGAGCAUCCAAGGAGCCAGAGUAGUUUCCACUUGCACACAGAAGGCUCUGCUUUUGCAGGGGCAGGGAUGGCAGCAAUGCAGGCUUCUCAAAGGCGCUGGUCCUCACCUGCCCUCCAAAGAUACAAUAUGAAGGGAGACGAAGGUCCACCACGCCCUCAAAUUAGCACCUCCGGCCACACAAGGCCUUCUUUUAUCCCCCAGGAGGUCAAACUGUCCAUUGAGGGGCGCUCUAAUGCAGGGAAGUAGCAUCAUAAUUGGUAGCAAUUAUAAAAGAGACUGCCACAAGUAAGAAUGAGUCUGACAAGGAGAGAAAGAGGAAAAAAUUGUGCGAAUGUAGCCUCAGAAUGUUUGAGAUUUUGCACACCUAAAAUGUAAAAACCAUAAGAUCUGUGUAUAUCAGGAGAGAAGUUGUGGUGUGGUUUGGUUGUCCCUUCGCCAAAGGAUACAAGGCUGUGCUCUCCCAGCCAACUGAGGUCUGACAGGGAUGUGAAGAGCUGAGUAGAAAGUAUGUAGCUGUUGAAAUUCCUACCAUAGUCCUUACACACUGCAUUUCUCUUACUCCCUCUCUCUUUUGGUCACUUCCUCAUUUCUAUACUUAGAGGUGACCUUAUAGAAAUCUGUUGCUAACUAACUGUCUCUUUGGACGACCACAGACCACAAAAAAAGGUGCUUUAAGCACAACAAAGCUACCAACUCUGCAGGUUCUGAUGUAUUUAAAAGAUCACAGCUUUUGAUCUUUAAUUCCUAAGAAGUUGUAUCCUUAAAAAAAGCAUUUAUCCAAAAAACAGAGUACAGGUGCAGACCUCAGCAGCUCUUACAGUGAUUUGUUGGCACUGUUGAUGCUAACAGUCAGUACGUUACACUGCGCCUCUUCAGCAGGAGCCUAAAACCUCUUUUGUAAGCAGAGAUCCUCUCUCGUUCAGCAUAGGAUGGGAUCCUCUCUCAGGCCAAGCGUGGCAUGUCCUCCUUGUCUUACAAUCAAAGAUAGUAAAAAUCAAUCAGCCUGUCUGUGCAUCAAUCCGUUUCAUAUUAAAAACCACCAUGAUAUAUAUGCCACAUGAUGGAAGAUGGCUUAGUUCUUUGUGAUAACUAGAAACAUGUUGCAUUCCAGUAUCAUCAAUAAGAACCGCCAUCACUUCAUAAAAUAAUUGUCCCACCCACCUCCUCACUUCACCUCAGUUUUCCAAACCAGACUGGAGACUAUUUGAAUUUGAAAGGCAUGUUAGACUGAGGCGGAGGCACUGGCUGGUCAUCACCAAAGCCUCCUGGAGGAGACAUAUUCCCUCUUCACAUCAUGUGCUACAAGCCAUUUUAGCCUAAAGAAUAGAAGGGAGAUUGAGUCAGUGAUGGAGCACUGUCUUCAUCCUGAAGUUGUUCCUUUUUCCUCAGUUACCAAAUGAAAGCAAUAGUUUAUUCUCCCCCAAGAAUCUCCCUGUUUGUUGGCUUUUAUAUAUCUCUUUACUUCAGAAGUGGGCGAUCUGACCCUCUUUAAUCCCCCAUUUUAAAGGUGAUGCUAUAUUUUUACGCUCAUUUUCUUUAAGUGUUUUCUACACAAGCAAAACAUGCAUUCGUCAGAAUACUCAAGAAAUCUUUGAAGGUCAAAUCGCUUUUUAAUUCUGCAUCUCACUGAUGAUAUUUUAUUUGAUGUAGAUUGACUCAAAUGCAUCUCCAAGGCAGGCGUGACUUUAAUUGUUGUAAUCACCUCUGUCCCGUCUUUUUGUUUAAAAGUCUUCUAGUUUUUCCAGCGAAUCUUAUGAUUGUCUUGUGUUGCACAUAAAAAUGUCUCAUUUACUUCACACUGACCUGCUUAUAGGAAUCACAAUAUAGUAGAUGUCUUUUUUUAAUGAAGGGAAUAUUUCUGAAGUAUUGUUUGAGGUGUCGGGUGUUAAGAGAGAGAGAAAAAACUGACGUGCAUUUUUAACUCUGUUUACAAAUCAGCCAACAUGAAUGCUGCAGUUUCCUCCUCUUGACAGAUGUUUACUUCUGUCAGUGAAAUCCAAAAAUUCAAAAGGGUAAAGUUUAAAAUAAGUGCAAUUAGACCAUACAUAGAAUCAUGUGUAGGUUUAUAAUCAGAAAGCAUUCCUCACACAGACAUUCCCAUUAAAGCGUACAUUACAUAGUACCUUUUUACCAUCUUUUGACUGAUCUCUGGGGGAAAAAAAAACAUUUGAUAAUUCUAUGCAUUACCUGAUGGAUUUUUAUUUCCAUUUAAUCUGCUGAGAAAGUUACUUUCAUGGUUGUCAGAUCUGUGUCCGACUAAUGUGUUGGCGUUUUACCCCCAGCACUGUCUGUGACCCCUCCUUUUUCACCUGGUGGGGCAUUGUAGACUCUUAUCCUCUGACGCUGUCAUUAUUAGCUGAUUUAAUGGAGAGAUUGACCUUUUUUCAAGUCUUGUUUCAAACAGUUCUCACCUUCCCAUCAAAGGUUGAUGGGGAGAAAGACCCUGCUUCUGCCCAGUAUCAACAUGGGAUUUAAGUGCUCAGUUUACAAGUGGACAGUUCUUGUGUAAGAGUUUGCACACUUUUUAUAACAGUGUGUCCAUUUUGUUUGCCUGCUGCAUAUGCAGAUAAAAACCAAUAUGUUAUUUACAUUGUACUGAACCAGUUAGUUCGACAGUGAUAUCCUAGUUUUCAACAGUGCAGAUGAUGCACUUAGGGUCAAUGCUGUUAGUGGUCCAGGACUCGUUAGCAUUCAUACUACCAAAUGAAUGUGGACUAUAGCUCUAAGAAGGCUACCUCUAUAUUUGGCCUGAGUGCUGAAUGUGAGGCAGAUAACUGAUAUUUGGAAUCUAGAUGCAUUUGUGGCGAGCAAAAUGUAUUUGAAAUGACACAAGUUAAAUUGCAUGAUCAAAAAAUAAAAAUUAAACCAUUUAGCACAAGAAAUAGUACAGAGCAACACAGCAGCAGCAGAAAAAAAAGGAAGUGAUGCCAUAUGCCAUAGGUUUUUGAUUCAUUGAUUAUAUUGGUUAUUGGUAAAACUAAAUGCUUAUACAGAUAAUGAGCCAAAUAUCAGCCUCAAUAACUGGCAACGUGGGUAUUGAUUAACAGUCCUAGUCCUCAUUGAUCCCAAUAUUUAUAUUUUUAUAUAAUAUAAAAUGUUUGAAGUGGCCAUGCAUUCUGUAUAUACCAGUGAUGACUGAGUAGAAGCAUUUUAUUUAUUUUAAAUUGCAAAGAAAAACAAGUUUCCCCUACAGUGAAAUGUCAAAACCACAUUUCCUUUUCUUGAAGUUACGUUUGAACACAUCCUGACUUUUUUUAACCUGAUAGUCAUUUUACUGACUUGACCUCAAACACAUGAUGUAACGAUAUGUUACUGCUAGUUAACUAGCUUUUUUUUCUUUCUGAAUAUAACACUGACUUACCCAACUAAAUUGAUAUUUUUAACUAACAGGACUUCCUACAAAGUUUGGUUGAUUCCACCCCGGCUGCUUUGAGUGUAGGAGGUUGACUGAUCCACAGCAGCUGCAGAGCUCACAGCUUUUUAAAAGUCAGUUGAAGGUGCUUUUUGGUUUAAUUUGAUUCCCAGUGCUUACUCUAUAGAAGCAGUGUGAGCCGUCAGUUUUCUUACUAAAUGUACUUUGACCCUUGCAUAAAAAAAUGAAAUGAUUACAAUAAUUUUGCAGCUCAUUUUUACUGUAUUAAGGGACUUGAAAAGAUGUGAAUCUAUCCUUUAAAAUCAUUUGCAAUUAGAAAUUGGCAUUCAGUCAUUAAUUUUCGUUCACACAAGAUCACAUACUCUUGCUGUAUAUGUUUCAUGCUGUAAGCAAUAUAUCUAAUCCUGACAACGUUUCACCUAGUCUUUGAUGCACGGUAGUCUUGGCGUUUUCUAUGCAGUAAACUCACAGUAUUGUAACUUCGUUGUCUUAAGUACAGCUCUGAGGCAGGUUGGCUGAUGCAGUCGUUUUUACAGUUGUUUAAAAUGAUCUUUUUUAACAGGAAAAGUCACACCAGUAUUUUUAAUGGUAGUUUUGCUUGUUUUACUUCUUACUCAGUGGUCCCUCUCAUCCUGCUCAGAGCCUCCCUGCUGAGUCUCAGAUCUGUAUACUUUUAUUUUUCCAUGCGAUGCCACACAGUCAAGAGCCAAACCAUUCAAGAUGAGUGUCAAUCAGAUUUUGCAAGUUUGUUCUGAAGUGUUUUGGCACAAUCGCCAAGCAGCUUCAGCCUUGUAUUCUAGGUCAACAUGCAUUUAGGCUUUAAUGGUGCAAACCUGUGCCACCUGUGACUUUACCUCUUUUUCAUCCUCACAGAAAACACCUUCCUGUGCUAUCAUGAGCCUUUGUGUUUCUGCCCAUGUUUCACAGGAAAAUACUAACCAAGAUGUCACAUGAAUCUUCUUCACAUCACUGAUAGUCUGUUGCUGUAAGUAAUUGCACUAAACGCCCUCUUUUACAGUGUUUUUAGAUGAAAACUGUUGGUAAAUUGAAGAGUUUAACAUGUUAAAGCACACAAACUCAUUGAGGAAUCACAGUUUGUGUGUUUCUGUAGAUAGUUUUUUUGGGGGGGGGGGUUAUAGAUAGCUUUGAUGAUGCUUGUCGAUAAUGCCUUAAAUUCUGCUUUGUACAAUGUGUGAAAUAAUGGAAUAAUGCUUCUGGUAGACUUGGUGUUCCCUCUUCAGGCUGUUCAAGAGCGAAUCAGAAAUGUCAAGCCCAACGGCAAUUUUUUCAUGAUUUAUUCCGUUAUAUUUUGAUACACUUUUUCUGCUAAUAACAACCUUUAACUGUUAUUUUUAAUGUGUGGAAGUGAAGUAAAUGGAAGCUCUUCUCUGCACUUUUUUUUUUUUUAACAAGACGAUGCCAAGAGUGUCUGCAACGGAGGGCAGUCCAUUAAGUCCACACAGACAGCCAGACAUGCACACGUCGGUUGUUUUAUUGUUGUUGCACAAGAUCAGUAGGUUUUUUUGUAUCCCUUGCAUUAAUGGAUUGUGUGUGGUGUCUGGUGCUUUGUCUAAUGGUCUCUGGAAAGUGUGUUUGAGUAAAUGGAGACAGACGAGCAGCAUAAAUCAGAAAGCUUUCCAUGGAUGGUAAUGCAAUGGCUUGUUUUGUUUCGUGAUGUUGACAGUGAGGAUGUUUUUUUGUGAACUACUUCCUGUUGUUUGAUCCCAAAAUGAAAGGUGAACUUGGGAUGGUUUCAGCGUUGCUGAUGUCAUAUUAAAUCAGGAGAAUGAGAACGGUUAAAAGUUUUAAAGAAGUCUGUGUGUUUUCAGAUUUGUACUUUUUUUCGGCACAAUGGUGACUGCUUUUUAUGUGACAUGUAACUAUUCACAAAACAAAAACAAAAAACAGCAUCUUUUUUUUAAACAUGCCUAAAUCUGCAAAAUAUAUGCAAUGAUGUAAAUGUAACAUUCAAUCCUCAAGUAUAAUCCAGGUUGUAUGAACUUUGUAUAGUGAGUUUUAAUAUUGUAUGGCCGUACCAAUAUGUAUUGAUCUUUAUCAGAAGCCUUAGAGUUGUCGACCGAAAGUGCUCCCUUAGAAUACCCUACACCUACCUGACUUUAACAAAGCAUUAAUAUCUCUAUUUUGUUGCAUUCUUAUUUGUACCGUUUUUGAAUAAAAUAGAUUUGUACUGUAUAUUUGUACCUCUCUGUGAACUACUUAGGGCGGUUUUAUGUUUUUGUUUUGUUUUGCUGUUUUAAUUUCUAUGUACUUUAAGGACACAAAGAUAUUGUAUUUUUAUUGUUACAGCUAACUUGGAGACAUUGCAUUUAUCAUGUUUGUUAAGUAAACACAAUAUAUAAUAUAUAUAUACAAAUAUAAAUAUAAACUAUUAUCCAAC